AUGUCCUAUAAGUCAAUUUUGAAACAUUUUCCUCCUGCUGCAUAUUACCUCGGUACACAUUUUAUACGCUGUCCUACAGCCUACCAAACAUUAGAAGAGUUACUGAAAACCCCGGUUAUUACAGACGAAGUACGGACAUGGCUGAUUUAUGCUUCCUGCACAACUGUCGUCACGUUCAUCCUUAUCAUCAUUUUAUUAUUUCUGCGAAAGAGGAUCGGUUUGGUUGUACAGUUGUUCCGAGAGGCCGGAUGUGCUGUCCGACGUAUUCCUAUGAUUCUGUUUCAACCAAUGUGGACAUUAAUCACCAUCGCGGCUACAGUAGCAGUAUUAGUUGUUGUAGCGCUUUACGUAGAAACGGCUGGAACGCCUUCGUUGGAUCUAGAGAAUGGUUUUGGUAUCAACUAUGACAAGGAUGAAACUUGGCAGGUUCUCCGCUGGUACUAUUAUUUCGGUGCUCUUUGGAUCACGGCAUUCAUAUUUGCGUGUCAGGAUGUCAUCAUCGCCGGGGCCGUGGCCACUUGGUACUUCAACAGAGAGAAGCGCUCUCUGGGAUGGCCUAUAUAUGCAUCCACUUGGCGAUUGUUUAGAUACCAUUUAGGGUCUGUCGCAUUUGGAUCUCUUAUCAUCGCUAUCAUUAGGUUUAUUCGCCUAAUGCUUGCGUACAUACAAAGACAAUUAAAAGGUCGAACUGGAAAAGUGGCUCAGUUUUUAUUAAAGAUGAUGCAUGUCUGUCUCUUGUGUUUCGAGAAAUUUAUCGCUUUUCUGAACAGAAAUGCAUAUAUCGAAGUGGCGAUAUAUGGGCACAGUUUUUGCACAGCCGCAAAGAAAGCCUUCAUGCUGAUUGUAAGCAAUGUUGUUCGAGUGGCUGUCAUUAAUUCCAUAGGCGAUUUCAUUCUUUUCCUCGCGAAACUCAUUCCCAUUGGCGUAGUCAUCGUUGCAGGGAGAGAGUUAUUGAAGGACCGCCCCGAUGUUAGCAUGAUAGCCAUUCCCAUUGCACUGGUGGCAUGUUUUACGUUUGCUAUCUCGCAUUGCUUUAUUGGAGUAUACGAGAUGGUGAUUGACACAAUAUUUAUUUGCUUCUGCGAGGACUGCGAACAGAAUGACGGAGACACGAAGCCCUACUACAUGAGCAAAGGUUUAAUGAAGUAUAUGAAUGCAUCUAAGAAAAUGGAACUUGGCCGAAAGAAGAAAAGCAAAACACAAGACAACUCAAAAUCAUCCGAUGAAGACAAAAAAUAACUGAAAAUAACUGGAAAUGAGAACUGAAGUCUUUCACAUGUUUUGUUCUUAACUGAAAUGUAUUUUAAUGCAUAGAUUCUUAUACAUGUAUGUGGCAUCAACCACUGAUAUUAUGAUGAAACCAUCCCUCCAGUCUUUUCAAAGUCUUUCUACAAUUUGAAAAAAAAACAUUAAAUGCCUGUAUAAAAAAUAUAAAGAUGCACUUUUUUAAAAAUUAUUUUCAUGUUUUAUUUUGAUUCCUUUACAAUCCUAUAUAUUAUUCUAUGUGGAUAAUGGUUGAAAAAAAAAUGCCAUUGACUUCAAUAUACAGCUGGUAUUCAUUAAAGGGUCAUCACACAAAAAUCACAUACUACAAUAUUCAAAUA